AUGAGAUCUCACAAACUCAAAAGAACAAAUCCUAACAUCUUCUCUUCCGCCGAACUUCCUUUUGAUGUGAUUUCAGAAAUACUAGCUAGGUUAUCGGUGAAGUCCCUUCUUCAAUUCCGAUGCGUCUCCAAAUCAUGGAAGUCACUCAUCUCCGAUCCAAAAUUUGCUAAAAAGCACCUUAACUUGUCCACCACGCGCCGCCUCCUCCGUGUAAGCUACGACAGUCCCUCGCACAGGUUUAUUUUAAAUUCUUACUCCCUUCAAUCCGUUUUCACAGAUACAAACUAUAACCUCACUCGAUUCCAGUUUCCCCUCAAUGUUAUUUCUGAACGCUACUCCCAUCACCUUGUUGGCUCUUGUGACAGAAUUCUCUGUGUUGCCAAUUAUCGCAUCUCCCCGGAUUAUAAACGUUUCGUUGUACUGUGGAAUCCUUCUAUUAGAAAAUUUAAGGAAUUGCCCCAUUUUGAAAACCCAGCUGAGCUCUAUCGCCUUCGGCUUCGUAUGACAUAUGGCUUCGGCUAUGAUCAUGUUUCUCAUGAUUACAAACUGCUUGUUCUUUACAAAUGCCUCAUUGAACACACAACUAGAGCAAUGGUUUAUACUUUCAAGACUGAUUCUUGGAGAACCAUUCAACCUUUCCCUUCAGAUUUUGGUACUCUCCCUGAUUAUCCACAGGGAAGAUAUGGAAAAUAUGUAAGCAGUACAGUUAAUUGGAUGACCUGUCAACGCUCGAUUGUUUCUUUUGAUUUAGUCAACGAGUCUUAUCGAAAGAUUUUGCCUCCUCGACAACAAAGAGAACCUAUAUAUUUGGGUUUGAGUGUGUUGAGGGAUUGGUUAAGCAUAAUUUCGGAUCAUGAUGUUUGGGUCAUGAAGGAGUAUGGAAUUCGAGACUCUUGGACUAAAUUGUUCAAUGUUACUCACUUGUUAGAUCCUCCAUCUAAUUCGAUUCUGGCAUACACACUUUAA